GGCGCCUCGGCCCGGGGCGGCAGCGGGGCGCCGGCAGGAGCCAGCAGCGUCUGCAGCCGCGCCGGCCGCCCGCGCCCCGGCGCGCUCCGGCUCGGCCAUGGAGCUGCCAGCUGUUGGCGAGCACGUCUUCGCGGUGGAGAGCAUCGAGAAGAAGCGGAUCCGCAAGGGCAGAGUGGAGUAUCUGGUGAAAUGGAGAGGCUGGUCCCCCAAAUAUAACACGUGGGAGCCGGAGGAGAACAUCCUGGAUCCCCGGCUGCUGAUCGCCUUCCAGAACAGGGAACGGCAGGAGCAGCUGAUGGGAUAUCGGAAGAGAGGGCCGAAGCCCAAACCGCUGGUGGUGCAGGUACCUACCUUUGCCCGUCGCUCCAACGUGCUGACUGGACUCCAAGACUCCUCCGCAGACAACCGCUCCAAGCUGGAGCUGGGCGCUCAGGGCAAGGGCCAGGGCCACCAGUACGAGCUCAACAGCAAGAAGCACCACCAGUACCAGCCCCACAGCAAGGAGCGAACCGGCAAGCCCCCCCCGCCCGGCAAGAGCGGCAAGUAUUACUACCAGCUCAACAGCAAGAAGCACCACCCCUACCAGCCGGACCCCAAGAUGUACGACCUGCAGUACCAGGGCGGCCACAAGGAGGCGCCCAGCCCCACUUGCCCGGACCUGGGCGCCAAGAGCCACCCGCCGGACAAGUGGGCCCACGGCGCGGGGGCCAAGGGCUACCUGGGAGCCGUGAAGCCCUUGGCCGGUGCGGCCGGGGCUCCGGGCAAGGGCUCCGAGAAGGGCCCCCCCAACGGGAUGACGCCGGCCCCCAAAGAGGCGGUGACGGGCAACGGGAUUGGGGGCAAGAUGAAGAUCGUCAAGAACAAGAACAAGAAUGGACGCAUCGUGAUCGUGAUGAGCAAAUACAUGGAGAACGGCAUGCAGGCGGUGAAGAUCAAGUCCGGCGAGGCAGCCGAGGGCGAGGCGCGCUCCCCCAGCCACAAGAAGCGGGCCGCCGAGGAGCGCCACCCUCCGGCCGACAGGACUUUCAAAAAGGCAGCGGGGACGGACGAGAAGAAGGCGGAAGCACCAUCCAAGAGGAGGGAGGAGGAGGCGCCGGGGGCCGGCGACCCGCAGCCCCAGGACGCCGGCUCCCGCAAGCUCUCCCCCACCAAGGAGGCCUUCGGCGAGCAGCCGCUACAGCUCACCACCAAGCCCGACCUGCUGGCCUGGGACCCGGCCCGGAGCUCCCACCCGCCCUCCCACCACCACCACCACCACCACCACCAUCACCACCACCACCACUCGGUCGGCCUCAAUCUCUCCCACGCGCGCAAGCGCUGCCUCUCCGAGACCCACGGCGAGCGCGAGCCCUGCAAAAAGCGCCUCACGGCGCGCAGCAUCAGCACCCCCACCUGCCUGGGGGGCAGCCCGGCCGCCGAGCACCUCACCGACGUGCCCCCCACCGCCGCCCUCCCGCAGCCCGAGGUCAUCCUGCUGGACUCGGAUCUGGACGAGCCCAUAGACUUGCGCUGCGUCAAGACGCGCGGCGAGGCCGGAGAGCCCCCAAGCGCCCUCCAAGUGAAGCCCGAGGCGCCUGCGACGGCGUCGGCGGCGGUGGCGGCCGCCGCGCCGGUGACGGCGGCCGAGAAGCCUCCAGCCGAGGCCCAGGACGAGCCCGAGGAGCCGCUGAGCGAGUUCAAGCCCUUCUUUGGGAAUAUAAUUAUCACCGACGUCACCGCGAACUGCCUCACCGUCACGUUCAAGGAGUACGUGACGGUGUAGCCAGAGGGCUUCGGAAGGGGAAGCGCCAUCCCCGCGGGUGGCUUAGCACCUGGUGCCUAGGGGCGGAUUCCUCCUCUCUCGCCAGCUGCGGGAGAUCCGGGCCUGCCCCCCGAAGUGAGGACGCCCGGAGCCGCAGAAUCCG